AGAGGGACGGGUCAUUGUAGGAAGUGUGCUUGUAUAUGUGUGUGCCACUGUGUGAGGGAAAUCCGUGUCCUCUGCAGUGCCCUACACCAGGUAUAUUCACAGCCACGGAUUUCACUACACACGGCGAGCGACAGCGCAACAGAAGCAGCAGGCACACACCGGCACGCAUUGUGAGCCUACAGAAGCGUGUGCGGAUGUAAACACUUUGCGUAAUCCUACAUAACAAUAUAUACAUACAUACAUAGAUACUCACUUUGCCUUGCACCGCAUAUACAUAUAUGUGUACUUGUAGACGCGUAUUGUACAUGCCUAGGCACCGUGUAGGACUUCUUUCAGUGUGAGUUUGGGACCUUGAGAUACACACACACCGGAAUGACAACAAGACCCUGAUAACACCUCUACAGAAUGUCUUCCCGCGACAGACGUCCAGAUCUUUGCAUCAAAGCAGAGCCAGGGACCCCAGAGAGUAUUGGACGCCGGAGUCCUAGUGGAUCCAGUGACAGCAGUGGGCAUGGACCUGACCUCCAGGGAACUCGAUGCUGCAGAGGGGGUGAUGAAGAACACGAUGAUGCCCCUGGUCGGGCAAAAUAUGUCCUUAAUUCUAUUCCCAAGCGUCUGUGCCUGGUGUGUGGCGAUGUAGCAUCAGGGUAUCACUAUGGAGUGGCCUCGUGUGAAGCAUGUAAGGCCUUUUUCAAGCGCACCAUCCAAGGUAACAUUGAAUACAGCUGCCCAGCCAGCAACGAGUGUGAAAUUACCAAAAGACGUAGAAAGGCGUGUCAAGCAUGCCGUUUCACCAAGUGCUUAAGGGUGGGCAUGCUAAAGGAAGGGGUACGCUUGGACCGGGUCAGAGGUGGACGUCAAAAAUACAAAAGGAGGCCCGAAGGAGAUGUUCUUCAAUAUACAGCUGGGGGGCAGGUGCAGCAAGGCCCAGCAAAUGUGGUCAAGAAACCAGUUCCAAUGAAUGCAGUUGUCUCCCACCUAUUGGUUGCUGAACCAGACAAGUUGUUUGCAAUGCCAGAUCCAGCACUUCCUGAUGGCUAUCUGAAAUCUAUGAGCACACUAUGUGACCUGGCAGACAGGGAGAUUGUCAUCAUUAUCAGCUGGGCAAAAAACAUCCCAGGGUUUUCAUCUCUCUCGCUUUCGGACCAGAUGAGUCUGUUACAGAGUGUCUGGAUGGAGGUCCUUCUACUUGGGGUUGUUUUUCGCUCACUCCCCUAUGAAGAUGAAGUUGUGUUUGCAGAGGAUUUUGUGUUGGAUGAGGAGUCCUCUCAAUCUGCUCGUCUCUCAGACCUAUGUUCCUGCAUUCUGCACCUUGUCCGAAAGUACAGGGCUCUCCGUGUGGAAAGGGAAGAGUAUGUCAUGCUAAAAGCUCUCACCCUCACGAAUUCGGACUCUGUGCACAUUGAAGAUCCAGAAGCUGUUCUGCGCCUCAGAGACACUCUACAGGAGGCUCUUAGCGAGUACGAGUCAAGUCGUCAUCCAGAGGAGCCAUGCAGGGAUGGGAAGCUACUUCUCACACUCCCAUUACUGCGUCAGACUGCUGGCCGUGUUCUCCAACACUUCCAUGCUCUCAGAGAGGAGGGUACUGUUCCUAUGCACAAGCUUUUCCUUGAGAUGUUGGAAGCCAUGAUGGACUGAAGUGGCCUAAGGCACCAAUUUGUCCUGGGGGGUUAUCAUGAAUAAAUAAGAAGGAAACAUGCAAUAAGCUGGAGUCUCUUUGUCCAGCAAGAGAGGGUGUAAAAAGUGGUACAGCUAGGAGUGACAUUCAGAAGCCAUAUUUGGAGGGGUCUCGUAACUUAGAACUAGAAUUGGAAGUCUUUUUUGUUCAGUUUUAUAUAGGUGUACAUAUACCAAAACCUAAAACUAGCUGCUUCUCAAAUGCAUUAGAGCCAUAGCCCACCCCUCCAAGAGCAACGUGACAAGACUCCUUGUUGAGGUAACAUUCAUACAAUUAUUCUGGUGCACAUGUUCUUUCCCUUACGGGUUCUUUUAUUGUGUGAGACUUAAUGCCAGUAUUUUUUUCUUUAAAUUUGAAAUCUGAUCCAAUAUAUAGAAGGUAAAAAUGUAUUUACCAUUAGUUUAAUAUAGUCCAAUGACUGCAUACCAAACACUAGAUCAUUCACCUGUCCUAUACUUUUGUUAGCGCUACAGUUAUGACACAAAUCUACCACUGUGUCAAACACUGAUGUAUGAGAUACUUAAUAAAAAGUAUGUUUUGCUGCUCAGUUCAUCAAGUCCAGUGAAUAUUUUUUUUGCUGGAUGGAGUGUGUGUGUAAUGUAGGAUACAUGUAGCGUGAUUUACUUGACCACGUCUCUUGGUUCUCACCCAGUGGAUAAUUAGCUAAGAGCUACGGGGAAUGUGGGAGUGUAGUAAACCCACUUCUACCCAGAGAUUAGAAGAGCCUCAACUAUAUCCCUGUUUCUUUAGCAGUGCAGACUGGACCUUGGAAAGUUAUGUGGAUCUGUUUUGCAUUUAAUGGCUUUUCAUCCUACAUACAAAAUGUAAAAUACAUUCUCUUUAAUCAUGGUUUCUGCACUUCACUCUGAUCCAAUGUAGCUCUGCUCUCCCUACCUUUUACCAUUCUAUUCUGGUCCAUACAGCACAGCUUUGUUGUUACUUUCACCAGAACUGUGAUCUCAUUACUAAUGGCUUACUGUGACUUCUUGUUUUGAUCAAUAUAGGCUUAAUCUCUGGGUUUACUCCCCAAUGUAUAUAGACUAUUGUGCAUUUGUAAUAUACCUCGUGCAUAAAGAUACAUAUUCAGAUUCUGGCACACAAAUAUGGCUCUAUGGAGUCUGAAUUGCAAUAAACUUCAGGGAAAUUUU